AUGGUUGAUUAUAUUGGAAAUAAUAUAGACCAUCAAUAUGGCGACGGAUACAUGGAGCAAGAAGAAGAAUGGGAAAGAGAGGGAUUACUCGACCCGGCGUGGGAAAAGCAACAGAAAAAGGUCCCUUGGGGUAAUUCUCACCUUAAAAAAGCUGGAACCGCCAUUGAAAAUAUCGAAAAAGAUUUUCGAAACGGUUUGAAACUCAUGUUGCUUUUAGAAGUGAUCUCUGGAGAAACACUUCCAAAGCCUGAUCGUGGUAAAAUGAGAUUUCACAAAAUUGCCAACGUCAACAAAGCCCUGGAUUUUAUUGCCAGCAAAGGUGUUAAAUUGGUGUCCAUAGGAGCCGAGGAAAUCGUCGAUGGAAACCUGAAGAUGACUUUAGGUAUGAUUUGGACAAUUAUUUUAAGAUUUGCCAUUCAAGAUAUAAGCGUCGAAGAGAUGACUGCAAAAGAAGGUUUAUUGCUUUGGUGUCAAAGGAAAACGGCUCCUUACAAAAAUGUCAACGUUCAAAAUUUUCAUCUCAGCUUUAAAGACGGUUUGGCUUUUUGCGCUCUCAUUCAUCGGCACAGACCAGAUCUCAUCGACUAUAACAAACUUUCUAAAGAUAAUCCUUUAGAAAAUUUGAACACGGCUUUCGAUGUUGCUGAAAAGUAUUUAGAUAUUCCGAGAAUGUUGGAUCCAGAAGAUUUGAUCAACACACCAAAACCCGACGAACGAGCUAUUAUGACUUACGUCUCCUGCUAUUAUCAUGCUUUUCAAGGCGCUCACCAGCCGGAUGAAAGAGUCGUCAUGACUUACGUUUCAUCUUAUUAUCACACAUUCUCCGGAAAGCAAAAGGCUGAAACAGCUGCAAAUCGAAUUUGUAAAGUACUUAAGGUCAACCAAGAGAAUGAACGUCUGAUGGAAGAAUAUGAAAGACUUGCAAGCGACCUAUUGGAAUGGAUUAAAAGAACUAUGCCGUGGUUGGAAUCGAGGCAAACAGACAAUUCUCUGGCUGGGGUUCAAAAGAAACUCGAAGAAUACAGGACCUAUCGUAGAAAGCAUAAACCCCCUAGGGUAGAACAAAAAGCGAAACUCGAAACGAAUUUUAACACUCUUCAAACAAAAUUGCGACUAAGUAAUCGUCCGGCGUACAUGCCAACUGAGGGUAAAAUGGUAAAAGAUAUUGCCAAUGCUUGGAAAGGAUUAGAAACUGCUGAAAAAUCCUUCGAAGAAUGGUUACUGUCUGAAAUGAUGAGAUUAGAGCGUUUAGAGCAUUUAGCUCAGAAAUUUAAGCAUAAAGCGGAUAUUCACGAAGACUGGACAAGAGGGAAAGAAGAAAUGCUUCAAUCUCAAGAUUUCAGACAGUGUAAACUCAACGAGCUCAAAGCUUUAAAAAAAAAACAUGAAGCCUUUGAAAGUGACUUAGCUGCUCAUCAAGACCGAGUCGAACAAAUCGCUGCUAUAGCUCAAGAGUUGAAUUCUUUAGACUAUCAUGACAGUGCAUCUGUAAACGCUCGCUGUCAAAGGAUUUGCGAUCAAUGGGAUAGAUUGGGAAGUCUUACUCAGCGCCGUUGUCAAGCUCUUGAUGAAGCUGAAAGAAUCCUUGAAAAGAUUGAUAUUUUACAUCUUGAAUUUGCUAAAAGAGCUGCGCCGUUCAACAACUGGCUGGAUGGCACGAGGGAAGAUCUUGUCGAUAUGUUUAUAGUACAUACAAUGGAAGAAAUCCAAGGAUUGAUUGAUGCUCAUAAUCAAUUUAAAGCUACUUUGGGAGAAGCCGACAAAGAGUAUAAUUCUAUCGUCGGACUCGUUAGAGAAGUUGAAACUAUCGUCAAACAAUAUCAAAUACCCGGAGGAUUGGAAAAUCCUUACACCGCUCUUACAGCUAAUGAUUUGGUUAAAAAAUGGUCAGAAGUAAAACAAUUAGUUCCACAAAGAGAUCAAACCCUUCAAGCUGAAUUUAGAAAACAACAAAAUAAUGAAAUGGUGAGAAGGCAAUUUGCGGAAAAGGCUAAUCAAGUCGGUCCUUGGAUCGAAAGACAAAUGGAUGCCGUCACUGCCAUCGGUAUGGGUCUUCAAGGUUCGCUCGAAGAUCAAUUGCAUAGAUUAAAAGAAUACGAGCAAGGCGUUUAUGCUUAUAAGCCGCACAUCGAGGAAUUAGAAAAAAUACAUCAGGCCGUGCAAGAAGGAAUGAUUUUCGAAAAUAGGUACACUCAGUACACAAUGGAAACUCUUAGAGUCGGUUGGGAACAGUUACUAACGUCCAUCAAUAGAAAUAUUAACGAAGUCGAAAAUCAAAUACUAACGAGAGACUCGAAAGGAAUCACGCAAGAUCAAUUAAAUGAAUUCCGAAGUUCCUUCAAUCAUUUUGAUAAGAAUCGUACUGGUCGCCUCGCUCCCGAAGAAUUGAAAAGCUGUUUAGUUAGCCUUGGUUAUUCCAUCGGCAAAGACAGACAGGGAGAAAUCGAUUUUCACCGUAUUUUGGCCGUCGUAGAUCCGAACAACAGCGGUUACGUAACGUUUGAUGCCUUUUUAGAUUUCAUGACUAGAGAGUCCACCGACACGGAUACCGCCGAACAAGUAAUCGAUUCUUUCCGUAUUUUAGCGGGAGAUAAGCCUUAUAUUCUUCCCGAUGAGUUGAGGAGAGAAUUGCCACCGGAUCAAGCUGAGUAUUGUAUCAAACGGAUGCCGCCCUACAAAGGACCCAAUGGUGUUCCCGGAGCAUUAGAUUACAUGUCUUUCUCUACAGCACUGUAUGGCGAAUCAGAUUUGUAA